AUGUAUCCUUCGUUUAUUAUUAGUUCCGGAGAGGCGAUUCCCUCACAUUUGGUGGAUGAUGGCAAUGGAACCAUUUGGUUAGAUGAUAUAAAUUGCUCUGGUGUAGAACAUAAAUUAAUCAAUUGCACAUACUCAAUCGAUACAUCACACUGUAAUCACUGGUACGAUGUCGGCAUCGAAUGUUUCAACUGUGCAACAGAAGAUGAAGAGACUACAACUAGGGCAACUUCAACAGAAACUACUACAGAAGAAACAACCUUAGAAACUACCACAGAAGCGACAACAUUAGAAACUACUCAUGGGGCAACUACCGUAGAAACUACUACUGGGGCAACUACCUUAGAAACUACUGCUGGGGCAACAACAGUAGAAAUUAUCACAGAGGCAACAGCGUUAGAAACAACAACUGCAGCAACAACGUUAGAAACAACAACUGCAGCAACAACGUUAGAAACAACAACUGCAGCAACAACGUUAGAAACAACAACUGCAGCAACAACGUUAGAAACAACAACUGCAACAACAACGUUAGAAACCAGAAUUGAGGCUACGACAUUAGAAACCACAACACAGACAACAGCAUUAGAAACAUCAACAGCUGCAACGACAUUAGGGACCACAAACGAGACAACAAUACUAAACACCACAACUCACCAUGUGACGCCAACAACGUCUACACAAUCAACAACCAUAGCACAUGCACCAUCAGCUGCAGAACGUUCCUCAGAAUUUAUAGCAUUCGGAGAACCAACUGGUGAUUCACGACUGUAUGGAGAUGACGUAUCAACUAAUAACUUAAGAUGUUUUACAUCAAUUCCUUUUUUGGGUGACAGUUACAACUACUUGACAUUUUCAUCAAAUGGUCUAGCAUGCAUGGGAUGCAGAUACACUUCCUAUGUUCCAAGAGAAUUGAAUGUGUAUUCAGGUCGAGAUAUAAUAGCUGCAUUAUGGACAGAUUUAGUUGUAUCGAGAUCAACUGAGAAGAUGUAUUAUCAUCUCUAUAGUGACGAUGAUGAUUUUGGAAAUAGAACCCUGAUUGAUACAGUGUUGAAUAAAGUCUCUUCUAAUAUCAAUUAUUACUCGAAAAAAAGUGACUUCUCGGCGUCUUGUGUGUAUAUUGCGACAUGGGAAAAUGCAAGGCUAUAUGGUGAUGUAAGAACUGUAUCAUUUCAAUUUAUUUUGGCAACAAAUGGUGCAAAGACCUAUGCUUACUCCUUGUUUAAGGAUGUCACUAUCCUGUCUCCACCUGGUGGCAGACAAUGCGCAAUAGGAUAUUCUGGAUUAGAUGAAUCUUCAUCAAGUAUAUACUCCUUCACAGAAAGUGCCUUUAACGUUAGUGGAUUAAAAGGAAACACAUUUGAUGGUGUUAAUGGUGUAUAUUUUAUGUCACUUCAUGCAAAGGGUCCGAUACAACAUAAUCCAGCCUCUCAGUGUGUGAGGUGGUAUCGAAGAAAUGUUAAUUCAGUCAGAUGGAGCUUGAGAAAUUCAAGAUGGCAGUUAUCGAAUAUUUGUCCGUGUAAUCAGGGAAUGCUUGUUUUUGAUGGAAGAUUUUUUGUCUUUUCGUAUCACAAUAAUGCUGUGUGCUAUGCCAACUACAGAUUUGGUACCAGUCGUAUUUGCUGCUAUCACCAGCGAUGGGGGUUCCUUUUAAGGAAUAGUCCAGAUGCUGGUACAAUAGUUACAGGGAAUCCAUUUACUGAUAUUGUUACAUACCAAAGUGAUAAUGCUAUUCCUAAAGAAAAUUGCUGUGAAAAAUCGAGUAAUUGUCAUCUGUACUACAGCGUAAGACCAGUGGGAUUUUGUUACAGGCAGUCACCAUUUGGUAUAUUCUUUACCUUUGGAGAUCCACAUGUUGACACAUUGGAUGGAUUUCAAUACACAUUUAACGGCUGGGGUGAAUACACAAUGAUGAAAAUUAAAAAUGAAAAUGUAACCUUCGAAAUUCAAGCUAGAACAGAUUUAGCAACAUCAAAAAAUGGAACUGAACUGAAGAAAAUAAAUGCGACUAUAUUCAGUGGUUUUGCUGCAAAGGAAGACGGAAAUGUCACGAUGCAAGUAGAACUAGCCAGUGAUUUGGAGAGGAUUCAGUUAAAUUUUCAGGUAAAAACCCGGCAGUUGACUUUGUCAGCAUCAGUUCCUGAGGAUUUCAAAGGGCAAGUUACAGGUCUCAUGGGAAACUUUGAUGGAGACAAAACCAAUGAAUUUGUGUUACCCAAUAGAAAUAUACUUUCAUCUGGUGAUGUUGAUUCUGAAAGAAAAAUUUAUAACAAUUUUGGUCAGCUAUGGAGGACAACUGCAGAUAAUUCAAUAUUUUAUUAUACUGAUGGGAAAUCCUGGGCUGAUUACAGUCACCAAGAUUUUGUUCCAAUCUUUAUUGAUGAAUUUGAUAAUAGUACACUCCAGUUAGCCUAUUCCGUCUGUGGUGGCAAGAGUGACCAAUAUAAAGCUUGUAUCUUUGAUUACCUGGCAACAGGUGAUCAAUCAUUUGCUGAUGAUACUCAAAUAACAAAUGCGGAGGCUGAGUCUGAAUCUACACAAUUACAAAAUGAGGCACCAGAAAUAAGUGGACAAGAAUCUAUCAAAGUGGUAGUAAAUCAAUCUAUAGUUUUAAACUUCACUGGUCAGGAUGAUAAACCAGGUUUUAGAUACAGUAUAAUAGAUCAGCCAGGUGGAGGCUCUUUCACAUCUGAUAAUUCCACAGGAAAUCUGACAUUAACGUGGACACCUGCAAAUCUAAAUACAGAAAAAAUCAGGGUAACAACAGUGGACAGUGAUGGCUUAACAGCUGAUGCGAUAGAAGUGGUGAUUAUAGCAUGUAGUGGAUGUUCAGGUGACCAAGGAACAUGCGACUAUGACAAUCUAAGAAAUGAAUCCAAUCCAAACUAUCUGAUAGCCUCAUGUAACUGUACAACUGGUUGGUCUGGUGACGACUGUGAUAUAAAUACAGAUCGUUGUGCUGAUGACCCAUGUGCUUUAGGACGUACCUGUAUAGAUUUAUCACCACCUGAUGAAGAACUAGCUGGUCGUGGUUACAACUGUUCUAAUUGUCCAGUAGGCUUUACUAUUACAGAUGAUGAAAAAUGUGAAGAUAUAAAUGAAUGUUUAGAUGGAACGGAUAACUGUCCAGCGAACAGUAAUUGUACAAACACGGAUGGAAGUGUUGCAUGCAUCUGUCUAGAAGGGUUCCGAAAAGUGGGUUCGAAAUGUCAAGACAUUGACGAAUGCACUGAAAGGACAAGUGGUUGUGAACAGAUAUGUGCUAAUAGCGAUGGAGGCUUUACAUGUAGUUGUGUGUAUGGAUUUGAGAUACUAGCUGACGGUAAAUGUAACCAAACAAUAUUUGAUGUUUGUGCACUGCAGAAUUUAACCUGUAGUUACGGUUGUGAUAACACUACAAAUCCAGGAACCUGGGAUUGUAUUUGUCCUGAAGGGUAUUUACUUAAUAUCAGUAGCGGCAAUUGUUCUAAUAUAAAUGAAUGUGAUGCUAAUGUAUGUACACAGACAUGUCAAGAUACUGUUGGAAGCUAUACUUGUUCCUGUUAUACAGGAUUCAAAUUAAAUGCAGAUAAAACUUCUUGUUCAGCCUGUGUGAGUCCAUUUUAUGGUGAAAACUGUGCUAGUCAAUGUAGCUGUGGACCAGGCGCAUUACGAUGUGAUCCUAGUCGUGGAUGUGUUUGUAAUAGUGCCUGGACCGGAACUAAUUGUGACGUUGAUGUCGAUGAAUGUGUAGAUAGUCCAGGCAUAUGUCAAUCUGACGAUAAGACUUGUGUAAACGAAGAUGGCGACUAUGAAUGUAACUGUAGAGCUGCUUAUGAAAAAGUGUCUGCAGACGACAGCGUUUCCUGUGCAGAUAUAAAUGAAUGCAGCAGUGCAACAACAAACAAUUGUUCAUCAACAAUUUCAACGUGUCAAAAUACAGAUGGUGGAUAUACCUGUAGAUGUAACACUGGCUACCAAACGAAAAAUACAUACGAAUGUGAAGAUGUAGAUGAGUGCACAUCAGAGUCUGAUGAUUGUGAACAAGACUGUGUCAAUAAUGUAGGAAGUUAUAACUGUGGAUGUUUCUUUGGGUAUGAACUCAACAAUGACAGAAAGACUUGCAAACAAGUGUCUGAUCCAUGUGGUACUCUGAGUAACCUUACCUGUAGUUAUGCCUGCAGAUUAAAAAACAGCACUGUAUUUUGUUAUUGUCAAUCUGGAUAUGUACUACAGGCUGAUAACCAAACUUGUACAGAUAUAAAUGAAUGUAACGAUGACAGUAAAAAUCUGUGUUUUGAUAAGUCAACAUGCUCUAAUAUGGCAGGAGGUUUUAAAUGUAGUUGUACAAUUGGUCAGUUCUUGGAGAACGAUCAAAGAACUUGUUCAAAUUGUGAUCAGUUUCACUGGGGUGAAAACUGUAAUAAAACAUGUAACUGUGGUCCUGGGGCAGAGAGAUGUGACAGUGUCACUGGAUGUUUGUGUAAAUCAGGAUGGCAGGGGACCACGUGUGAUGCUGAUAUAAAUGAGUGUAAUGGUGUAGUCAACCCAUGUGAUACCUCUCUCAACCAAAGAUGUGUCAACACACCUGGCACCUUUGUCUGCAAGUGUGUGGCUGGUUAUCAGAAUGAAACCGGAACAUGUACUGAUGUAAACGAGUGUGAUAACAAUCCAUGUGAUCAACUAUGUACCAAUACAGACGGAAGCUUUACAUGUAAUUGCAGAAAUGGUUUUACAAAAGAUGCAAAUGAGAGAUGUCAAGAUAUCAAUGAAUGUGACACAACCCUGAACAAGUGUGACCAGAACUGUCUUAAUACUCCAGGAAAUUAUAAGUGUUCUUGUAAUGAUGGAUAUCUUCUCAGCCCAACAGACCAGAGGAAAUGCACAAUUAAGACCCAAUGUUCCAUUUUGAAUUGUACAAACCCAGGAACUUGUGCUGUUAAAUCUGAUGGAUCAGAAUACUGUACAUGUCCAACAGGAUUCAAUCUUACAAUGACUGAUAAUGUAACUGGGAUCUGUGAAAACAUCGACGAGUGUGAGACGAGCAAUCCAUGUGCUGAUAGAUGUACUGAUAAAACACCAGGAUACGAAUGCUCCUGUACCAACAAUGGUACCAAACUAGAGAGUGAUGCACAGAGUUGCACAGUCUGUGCUGAAGGAGAAUGGGGACAUAACUGUGCUGAAAACUGUACAUGUGUGAUAGCAAACACCAAUUAUUGUAACAACACUGAAGGAAGUUGUAAUUGUAAAACUGGCUGGGCUGGGGAUUAUUGUGAAUCAGAUGUCAAUGAAUGUACAAGAUCAACAAUAUGUCAGACUUUUUCAAUGUGUGAAAACACCAAUGGAUCCUAUGUUUGUGUCUGUGAUGAUGGUUAUUUUAACUAUGUCGAUGUUUGUAAAGAAUGUAGUUCCAACACAUUUGGUAAAGACUGUGCUCAGACCUGUAGCUGUGUUGUAACCAAUACAGACUCCUGUAACAAUAUUAACGGCAGUUGUAUUUGUAAAACUGGUUGGUAUGGAACCACCUGUUCUGAGGAUGUUAAUGAAUGUAACGUUACUCCCUUUAUAUGUAAUACUACUUCUAAUUCUGAAUGUAACAAUUUAAAUGGUACCCAUGCGUGCAAUUGUGUGACUGGAUAUCAGAAAAUAGCUGAUGGAAGUUGCAAAGCUCUAGAAACCACUACUGCAAGCAACACUGCACAAGAAGCUACAACACAAGACGCCACAACACAAGAAGCUUCAACGCAAGACGCUUCGACGGAAGACGCUACAAAAAAAGAAGCUUCAAAGCAAGAAGCUACAUCGGCAGAUGCUACAAUGAAAGAAUCUUCAACGCCAGAAGCUACAACGCAAGACGCUACAACAAAAGAAGCAACAACGCAAGAAGCUUCAACGAAAGAAGCUAUACAAAAAGAAGCAACAACACGAGAAGCUAAAACGCAACAUGUUACGACACAGGAAUCUACAACGCACAAAACUAAAACACAAGAAGCUACAUCGCAAGACGCUACAACACAAGAAGCUAUAACACACAAAGCUACAACGAAAGAAGCUUCAACACAACAAUCUACAACACAAGAAGCUUCAACACACAAAGCUACAACGCAAGAAGCUACAACACCAGAAGCCACAACACACAAAGCUACAACGCAUAAAGCUACAACGCAAGAGGCUACAACAAAACAAGCUACCGCAACACAAGAGGCUACAACGAAAAAAGAUACCAUGCAAGAAGCUUCAACAAGAGAGGCUACAACACAAGAUGCAGCAACACAGGACGCAAUUACACGAGAAGAUACAACACAACAUGCUACCACAACACUAGAAGCGACAACUCAAGAGGUUACCACAGUUAAGACAACAACUCCAGAAGCAAACACCAAGGUUGUCACAUCAAAAAGGGGUCAACUCAAAAAGUUACAACUCAAGAAACAACAACCGAAAAAGCAACAAAACAAGAGGCAUCAAUCACAGAUGCCACAACUACUGAAGGUAUCAAAGUACAACAUGUUCUAUAGUGCAAUUUUUUAA